AUGGCGGCCCCCGAGCAGCCGCUGCUCGUAUCAAGAGGAUGCACAAGCUCUACGCUGUCCCCGCCGCGAGGCGACCGAACCCUUCUGGUGAGGCACUUGCCAGCAGAGCUGACCGCUGAGGAGAAAGAGGACUUGCUGAAGUAUUUCGGGGCGCAGUCCGUGCGUGUCCUGUCAGAUAAGGGGCGACUGAAACAUACAGCUUUUGCUACUUUCCCUAAUGAAAAAGCAGCCAUAAAGGCACUGACAAGACUUCAUCAGCUGAAACUUUUAGGUCAUACUUUAGUUGUUGAAUUUGCUAAAGAACAAGAUCGAGUUCACUCUCCAUGUCCUGCUUCAGGCACUGACAGAAAAAAAAGAUCUGAUGACAUUGUGGAAGAUGAUAAAGAAAAGAAAGAAGUUGAUUGCUUAACAAUAGAAAAUGGAAUCGCACCAAACCAUGGGCUGACUUUUCCUCUGAAUUCAUGCCUCAAGUAUAUGUACCCACCACCUUCAAGCACAAUCCUAGCAAACAUAGUAAAUGCUUUGGCAAGUGUGCCUAAAUUCUAUGUACAGGUGCUUCAUCUUAUGAAUAAAAUGAAUUUGCCCACACCUUUUGGACCAGUUACUGCAAGACCUCCUAUGUAUGAAGACUAUAUGCCAUUGCAUGCACCUCUUCCACCCACAUCUCCUCACCUACCUGAGGAACCUCCUUUACCAGACGAGGAUGAGGAAUUAUCUAGUAAAGAAUCAGAAUAUGAGAGCAGUGAUGAUGAGGAUCGACAGAGCUCUCUCCUAUGGCCUGGGAAAGCAGUAGAAGAUCGCCCAAGUGCUUGGGCCCCUGCACCCACGUGGGAGACCCGGAAGAAGCUUCUGGCUUCUGGCUCCUGGCUUCGGAUUGGCACAGCGCUGGCUGUUGCGGCCAGUUGGGGAGUGAACCAGUGGAUGGAAGACCUCUCUGCCUCUCCUCGCUCAAUAAUGAGCAAACUAAUGGAACUAGCAAACCUUCAGCCCAAAAGACCAAAGACUGUAAAGCAGCGCCAUGUGAGAAAAAAACAAAAGAUAAAGGAUAUGCUGAGUACGCCUUCAUCUGCUUCACACAGCAAUUUACAUCCAGUGCUGUUACCAUCAGAUGUAUUUGACCAACCACAACCUGUAGGUAACAGAAAAAUUGAAUUCCAUAUAUCUACUGACAUACCAGCAGCAUUUAAGAAAGAUUUAGAAAAGGAAGAAAAUUUUGAAGAAAAAAAAUGUGAUGUACCUGGUGCUGAAGUUGAUGCAUCCAAUAUAGGAUUUGGAAAAAUAUUCCCAAAGCCUAAUUUGAACAUCACAGAGGAGACUAAAGAAGACUCUGAUGAGAUGCCAUCAGAAUGUAUUUCUAGAAGGGAGUUGGAAAAGGGCAGAAUUUCUAGAGAAGAAAUGGAAGCACUUUCAGUUUUCAGAAGUUAUGAACCUGGUGAACCAAACUGUAGAAUUUAUGUAAAGAAUUUAGCUAAACAUGUUCAAGAAAAGGACCUUAAAUUUAUUUUUGGAAGAUAUGUUGACUUUUCAUCAGAAACACAACGGAUCAUGUUUGAUAUACGGUUAAUGAAAGAAGGUCGCAUGAAAGGUCAAGCUUUCAUUGGACUUCCAAAUGAGAAAGCAGCAGCAAAAGCCUUAAAGGAAGCUAAUGGAUAUGUUCUUUUUGGAAAACCCAUGGUGGUUCAGUUUGCUCGAUCUGCUAGACCAAAACAAGAUUCUAAAGAAGGAAAAAGGAAAUGUUAAAAAUCAGUAAAGCAUUCCUGCGUUAAUACUGCUGUAAUACUGUCAUACAAAGUGUAUCCUUUCUUGUGGUAUCCUUUUUGGGGCAGUGCUUUUUUUUUUUUUCUCUAGAAUUGUUUUGUCCCUCUUCUACCUACCUAUUGACCUAGGUUAAGUAAUAAUUUUUUAUACUUUAUUCAAAUGAAAUAUUUGAAAAACUAUGUAGAUUGAACAAGUUUUUUAUUUUUCUUAGAUUUACUGUUGAAUUUCUGAUGUCCUUUAGUUUGUAUAAUUUUUCCAGAGAAAGUUAGUGAAUCAGGUCAACUUACUUUGAGAAUAUGCAUUUACUUUAACCAUGAUCUUGUUUCUUCUAUUUGUGUAUUGCCUAAAUAUAAUUCAGAAACAUCUGCUUUCUAGUUUAUGUUAAUAUUCAGUUUAGGUGCUUUAUAGAAUUCAGACAUAAUUUGAAAUUUAAAACAACUGAAUCUCUACAUUAAUUCCAAGUGAGAGUAUUACAUGUCAGUUCUGAAGUUUAUUAUUGAAAUCUCCUUUGACACAUACACUAAUUAGAAGUAUUUUUCUUCUCACCAUUUUUUCUAAACAAAAAAAAGAGACAAUAAGAAAAUUAUAACAGAGGGGAAAAGACAAUGUUGAUUCAAGGUAGCCCCGUUAGAGAAACACUUCUGGUAGGUAUAUGAAGAAAGAAGUUUCUAAAAUGUUAGAUGACCAGAAUUACCCAGAAUAGUGAUUCUCAAUCUUGGCUGCACAUUGGAAUGACCUGGAAACUUUAAAAAAAUAAAAUACUGAUUAAAAGAAAAAAUAUAUAUUGAUGUCUGAUUCCCCUUCAGAUUUUGACUUAAUUGCUUAUACUGUAAUAUGGCUGUUGGCAUUUUUCAGAUUUUUCAUAGUGAAUGUAAUAUGCAUCCAAGGUUAAAAAUCUACCAAAGAAACGUUUUUCUGCAUAAGGAUUCCUAGGCUUUAUCUUAGAACUAAUAAGUCAGAAUAUCUGGAAAUGGAGGUAUCUAAGGAUCUAGUUUGAGUAAUUGUGGGGACUGACCAUUUUGAAUCCUGUUUUCUUAGAGUGAAAUUGUGAGGUACUAAUAUCAACCUAGCCAUCCAGCCUUCUAUAAGUAUAACAGUAAAGAGUUGGGACCUAUAUAUUUCUUCAGAAUUCUUUCGUAAAGUACUAUGAAAACUACUCAGAAUCCUGUAUAUAAUCAUUAUUACCAUAAGAACUCAGUUUAUUAAUAAUCAUUAUCACUCUAAGAGUGUAUUGAGAGUAGAUAUUGAAAUUGCAAUUGUUCAUUUUUUCUAUAGGCACAAUGAAAAAUAUUUUAUUUUUAUGGUAUAAAUAAAUUUAUAUAUGACUGUUAAUUAAAUUUGGAUAUUUUGACAUGAUUCACUAAUUUUCUAAGUGCAAAUGUUUUAGCAUUUACUUUUAAACUAGUGAACAGUUAACAGUUACAUUUGUGAUUAUUUUUUUAAUUGACUUUUUAUGAUGUUUUAGGUUCCUUUUGAAUUCCGUAUCUUUCAAGUGCUUUUCAACUUUGAGAAGAAAUUUACCAGUUGGACUAUGGAACUGUGCGUAACAAGCUUUGCAAAUGUGUUUAAAAAUUAAAUCUAUACGCAUUUAAAUCAGUUUAUUAGAGAUAUAUGUGCUUUAACAAGUUGCCUUAUAUAUAAUAAAUUAUUUUCAUUCCAAUAAAA